AUGGACCGUGGCCUAUACAACAUAGUUGUUCUUCUCGAUUUAAAGAAAGCAUUCGAUACUGUCAACCAUGAAAUUCUUUUACGUAAGUUCGAACGGUAUGGCUUUGGUAAUAAAGCCCUAGAUUUACUAAGUAAUUACUUAACAAAUCGAACACAAAGAUGUCAGCUAAAUGGAAUUCUUUCAGAUCAGAGAGGAAUAACUUGUGGCAUCCCUCAAGGAAGUAUACUUGGCCCUCUUCUGUUUAUUAUCUAUAUAAAUGAUUUGCCAAAUUGUCUCAAACAUACAACACCAAGGAUGUUUGCAGACGAUACCAGCCUUACAUCUGUGGGCAAAACAUUAAAUGAAGCAGAAGAGAUAGCGAAUAAGGAUUUGAAAAAUAUUAAAGUGUGGUUGUGUUCAAACAAACUUAGCUUAAAUAUUGCGAAAACGGAAUAUAUUUUGAUUGGAUCACGCUCUAAGAUUAAUAGCAUGGAUGUCCAACCCACAGUUAAGAUCGACACAUGUCCAAUCAAAAGAGUAAAAAGCGCAAAAGUGCUAGGAGUUGAAAUCGAUGAGAACCUAAACUGGGAAAAACAUAUUGAAUAUAUCGCUAGUAAAGUAUCUUCGGGGAUUGGUGCGUUAAAAAAAACUUAAAGAAUUUGUAGACCGAGAUACAUUAGUGCUGGUGUAUAAUGCAUUGAUCCAGCCGCAUUUUGAUUACUGUUGUGAGGUUUGGGAUGAGCUUGGCAAAGGCCUCGGCGAACGUCUUCAAAAAUUGCAAAAUCGAGCGGCUAGAGUAAUUAUGAAUUUUAAAAAUGAGCAUGGACAGUCUAUCUUAGCUCGUACUGCUCUCGGUUGGACAUCCCUUGAAGAACGUAGAGCAUUAAUGAAGGCCAAACUCAUGUACAAAACAGUAAAUCAAUUAGCUCCACAAAGACUGUGUAACAUUUUCCAAUUUUCCAACACUGUUAAUAGUUAUAAUCUAAGAGGUUCUUCAACUGGGCUUUUUAUUCCAAGGCCCAGGACAGAAUUUUUUUUUAAAUGUUUCAGUUACAGUGGGGCUAAAUUAUGGAAUAGAAUACCAGAAAAUAUUCGAAAUUCGAUAUCUUACAACUCGUUUUGUAAAAACCUUUUCUCCUCGCCCUCGGCCUCCCAAUUAUUAAGUUAAGUAGUUUAGUUAAAUGAAUAUUUAAUAGCAUUUAUAUAAUAAUAGUUUGUAUGUAUUAGUAAAUUAGUCUUAAAAUUGUAACAGUAAGCCAGCACACCUCACAUGGAAAUCAGCAUAAUGUUGAAUGAGAUUAGUGUGCCUAAGUAAAGUUGAUCUAUCUAUCUAGUUACUUCCGUUUUACAAUUUCUUUCCUGCAAGAUUUAAAACUUUUGCAACAUAAUUACGUCGUCAUCUUUUCCAACUUGUACGAUUAUUUAAAUCUUGUACGAUUAUGUUUGUUUUUAUUUUCAGCUUCCAAGUUUAAUGAAAGGUUCACUGCAGACGAACAACUCAGGACCAAUGUCUCCAACUUCUGAUAUGAUACGACCCAAUACUGGUGACGGUGACUAUUCGCUUCUUACUAUAUUAACUCUUUUGCGAUAAUUAACCCUUUAAGUGGUUUUGUGCCUAAUGUCCCCUACUUUGUUAUGUUACUCUGUCUAAUGCCAGACGAUUUUACUUGUCAAGGAGAACGUGCUGGCACUGAGUGGAUAAAAAGGACGACCUUUGCUCGAAAGAUCGAGAAGGGUGAUCGCUAGAUAGUAUACUUCAAAAUAAGGUUUUCGUUUUUAUAACGUAGAAAGAAGUAUCCAAACGCAACACUAAACCCUAACCCUAAUACUAACCCCAACCUAACCCUAACCUAAUCCUAACUUAUUUUAAAAAUUGAUAUAAAAACGGAAACCUUAUUUUGAAGUAUACUAUCUAGCAAUUGCCGAUCGAGAAGUGUCUUUAUCUCUUUCCGAAUGAGCGACUUGUCAUUUUAUAUCAUAAAUUAUGGCUGACGCUGGAUCCCCAAGGUUUAAGAUUUUAAUGAAUUUUUUUAGGUUUGCUUCCUCUACCUGUUCCUCGCUCGCCUUUUCCUUUUGGUAAGAAUAUAAAUUACAAUCAAUUUUAUAAAAUGAAGAAAGUGUUGACAAUCACUCGUAUUUUGUCCAUGCUGACUUUGUUAAUUUGUUUUCUACUUCUUGUAUUCUGGCAUAAUAUUUAACUUAAUUUCCCUACGUAUUUAAUUGAUUUUCUUAAUUUAAUGUAUAUGUUCAUUUUGUUUCUGUCUCACAGGUGAUUUAUUUCCAUUCAAAAUGAUUUCCCCAGGAGAAGUCUCGAAUAAACAAAAGAAUCGUUCAUCAGGUAGAGAAUAUACAAGACAGUCCAAAAAAUGAAUGUUAAAUAUAGGCUUUUAGUUAUUCGAAUAAAAACUGAUAAAUAUAUUCUAUGAUACUCUUAUAUUUGCCAGCAAAGAACUCGUAUAAACGAACUGUGAAGAAAUAUGAAGGUAUAAGAUAUCGAAAAUCGGAGUCAAAACGUCGCAAUGAGAGAAAGACGUCACAAGGUAUUUUCUAGCAUAUUUAUUACCUGUGUUUUGACAUGGUUUGACGACGCUAGGCGUGAACACAACGAGAAAUCCAUAGCAUUCCCAAAGUGAUGCCAUACCACAGAUUCUAAGUUGGACUUGAUGACACUUUCCAGAAAUAAUUAUAAAAUUUUCCAAAAUUAUAUGUCCCCAGCAGGUAUCGACACUGUGCGCUUAGUUACUGUACUGUUAUUUUCAAUACGCAUGGAGUACGAGCUGACUAUGUUUUUUCUAAUGCUUCCAUAAAAUAGGGCAGCACCGGAAUCGCAGGGCCUCGAGUUACGAUUAUUGCCUAUAUGUACAUGGAAAUAAUACUCUAUAAAAAGUUGCUCUUCAGUUUUAAAAUGAGUAUUCUUUGGUAUUCUUUGCUUUUUCUCAUUUUUGGGUCUGAUGGAGGGAGAACCACCCGUACCUCUCUGUGGAACACACUGCAAUUCCCCUCUGAUCUUGUUCAAUGUCUCCACGUCAUGAUCAUACUGGUACACGUACUUAUCGACCAUAGAAAAUGCAUUAAGAUGGUUAAUCAGUUCAUUUGCUCUUGUCUUCCAAAUUUAGAUCCAAAUAUUGAGAAAAAGAAGAAGAAAGAAAAGAGAAACAAGCCUCCGAAAGGUGAAAGCUUGUGUGUGUACAUGUUUAUUUUAUCCUUUAAAUGAUAUGUAUUAUUGUACAUUCUCUUUGAUAAGAACAUUAAUGAAAACGGAGGUCGUAAGUCGUUUUAGAGAAUAAACGAAAUCAUCCAACGAUUCGAUGUUCUUUCGUAUAGUGUUCAUGGUCGCGUUAUUUCAGUGAGGUAGGGCGUUUUCCAUUAACAUGGCCAAAACGGUCAAAUUGUUGAAUGGCACAACAAAACGUUUGGGCUUCGGACCUAUCUGACCGGAAAAUUUAGAUAAAAUUAGAAUGAUGUUCAUUUUCGCUAGAUAUUUGAGAAACAUAGAACAGAUCUUUCCAUUGAUACAGAGACAAAAAUUCGGAUCUGACCGGUCAGGCCAUUAAAUGGAAAGCGCCCUUAGAGUGCGAUUUCACUUUUCAUAUACAUUAUACAAUAAUUGGUCAAAAUAAGAAGUUAUAUUUAGGGUGUGUUUAAAAACGGUCGGAUUAGAAAAUAAGGUGUUAUUUGCAGUUACAAAACUUUCAACUGUUGUUAUUUUUAAGUAUUUAACCUUAGUUGUUUUCUCUAUAUUUCAUGUUAUAUAUCUUUAUUUCUAUCCUUUGUUUAGAUAAUUCAAGUAAAGUUCGUAAAGUGAAGCAAGAACGUGGUGUGCUAAACUCAAAGAGAUCUGGUGGAGGUGAGAUAAAACCACCAUAUUUUUUUUCCUCAAAUGCAAUUCCGUAUAUAAUCAAGAUACAGUAUACCACUCAACAAAUUUAGGAGAAUCACAUAAUAACUGGACAACUAUAUUGCCGUGUACAAAUCGCAUGCGCAUUCUGAAAUACAAAAUAUAACAAAGUGAAGUACAAUUUUGAGAAAGUAUUUAUUAAAUUCAUUGAAUUACUGAACAUAAAAAUCGCGCAGACCAAAUAUCACUUUCCAGUUUCCAGUUUCCACCGUAUACACAAUAUAUUACUCUAGUGAUAUAUAAAACUCCAUGUGUAUGCUCAAACUUAAUACUAUGACAAUGCUUUAAAACAUUCACUCGCUACAUCUUACUUUCUAUAGAAUCUCUUUAGGCAUGCAUCAUCUGGGUUUGAAUAUUUUAUUUGUUAUUUCUAUUCAAAGAUACGGGUCAAGCAACAGGCGUUCCAAGAUUAGAGACCAAAGACAAGAACGCAGAUGACGAAGAAGACACGUACGAAGAAAUUAACCUUGGAUUUAAAGUGAAAACGUUGGAGGAAAUAUUGCGGGAUAAAGCUUUAAAGAAAUUUCUCGAACGGCAGAACAUGAAGAGUGGUGCAGAAGUUAGCAAUUCUAAGGGUGAAAUUCAACCUAGAGUUAAAUCCGAGACCACCGGCUCAGAAUCGAUAGAUGAAAAAAGCAUAGACAUGGUAUAUUCUAUCGAAGACGUUCUGCAGAAUGUUGAAACAAGCACAGUAGAAACUGUUAAACCAAAGUUUAAGAAAUUGAAACCUCUUAAACCACUCAAACCUCUUACACCUCUUAGAAAUACCAAACGAAAGAGCUUAGACGCUAAAAAUAUGACUGACAAAGCCGAAGAGAAAAAAGAUGGUGAUCAAAAGAAUCCCUUACCACCUUUAAAAAGAUUAAAACCUCUUUCAAAGACUUCACAAAAAGGGAAUUCAACGGCUAAGGUUUUAAAACGGAAACUAAACACAGACUCAGAUGAUGUGCAAAUUGUUCCUGGUAAAAAGCUUAAAAAAAUAGAGAGAGUGCUGGUAGAGGAUAAUUCAUUCUCCGAAGAUGCAGGAAAUCAAGUUCCCACUAACAAGGUUAUAGCAGAUAAAAAUGUUGUAUCGUGUGCGGACUUUGAAAAAUCAAGCACGAAGGAAGUUACACCAGGUAACUUAGCCAAAUCAACGCGUAAACCGAAACGAACUAUAGUCGUGCUUCAUUCUGGAACUCGCAAUAAAGCUGUAAAAAUAAGGCCUGUUCAGGUAGAUAAAAUCCAGGGAUUAAGAAAAGAGGGAAAGAGUACGUUAUCAGAACUUGCUGACAACGAACUUGCUGAACAAGACAUAGCUAAAGAGGAUCAAAAACGUGAAAAUGAUGAACAAGUGAAAGUGAUGAAUUUCACACACGAUAAGGAUGAACCACAGAAAAUAGUUAGCACAGUUAAGGUUCGUCCCAACACACUUGUAUUGAACGGUAACAGGAAACCUCCUGGGAAAAUUAUUAUGUUAAGCACAAGCAAGGAUACGAAAGAUUCCGUGUUACACAACGAUUCCCAAUGUAAAACAAACAAUGCAGUGAUAAACAAGGAUACUAGACCUUCAUCAAGUUCGGUAAUAUCUGGAAUAAACGCUGUUGUUGAAAACAUGGAUAAACAGGGAGUGAACAAGGAUGUGGAUCAGACGCUCAAGCAAGAUGAACAUAUAAAGAUCAACGACGGGAACACUGUUGUGCAAUUGAGUACGAAACCGUCAAGAAUGAUAAAGUUGAACAGAGACAGAUUAACAGAAAAAAAGAAUGAUAAAGGUUAGUCUAAUUUUUCUAUACCUGCUACAGCAUAUGAUACCGAAACCGGGAUCGAAAAUGUUAUCCGUUAUAAAUUUGUUUUAUUGUAUUUGUAUCGUAUAGUUAGUAGAGAAGUUGAAAUCUAGGGGGAUCUGUGGGGCAUGAUACCGCGAGAUAAUUUGAAAGAAUGGGGCUCAGAAAUGCCAUUUUCUGCACUUCUUAGUAUCGAAAUGAACAACUUGGACAACAUACAUCCUGUAAAAAUUGCUUCACAAUCAGAUUUGGUGGUUUCGGGAUGAUUUGGUGGGGGUUAUAAUCGCCAGCAAAUUAAGCAGAAUUGAACUAAAGAACGCCUGUCUCAAAUUAAUUAUAAUUAUAUAUAAUUAAUUGUUGUAUUAAACUUGACUACUCGUGUCUACUGUGCUAUACUGUACUGUACUUUGUUGCACUGCAUUAUACAUGGUGCAUGUACGUAUAGUAGUGGCAAUGUAUGCAAUCUAGUAUAAUCUAGUAUAUCGUCAUACAUAUGUGUACAAUAAUAACAUAUUUUCGUUACUGAUAUUUCAUUUACGAUAUUUAUUUCAGGAACGUCCAGGAAUCUAUUAAGUGCAUUGGGAAGGAAACUUAAAGUGAACAAAGCAAAGCCGUUGUCACAAAAACAAGGUACUGACAUAGUGGAGUAGCUACUUGUGUGUUGUGUAACCGUUGUAUUAUACCUUAUAUUAAGUUAAGUUUACGCUAUCGAAAUCUCUUCGAUCAAUAUGAUAUCAUUAUAGCACUUUUGACGUAAGAUUCAUGAAACUGUAUUUUGAUCAAGACACGUUUUUACAGUGUAAUCCUGCCAGGGAUUAUGUUUGGUGGUUAACGCUAGUUUUUUGAAACAGGCUUUUUUUCUCUACAGCUGUUGUGAAACCAGUGUCUGUCCAUAGUACGGAAUUUUCAGAACAAGGGCAAGGCAGCAGUAAGGCGCCUCAAGAUAGCAAUACGAGAGAGAAAUCGGAGGUGAAAUUUGCGGACACAUCACAGACUAUUGUACCUUCCCUUGGUUUGGCUAAUCUGUCAACAAAUAGCGAAACCAAGUUUAGAUUGAAUGACAAAAUCGGUAAUACAGAUCAGAAACGACUGGAAGCAGCCACGGUUACUACGGCUACACGACCUAAGGCUACUACGGCAACAAAUAUGUCAAAAACAUUUGCAAAGAAUGAUUCCGAUAAUGACAAUACCAACCAAGUUCAGAUUGCUAAGGAAUUAAAUGAAGAAGAGGAUAAACGUAUUGCACUAAAAACGACAAAAAACUCCACACUACAACCAACCAUCGAGGUUAGUAACUUAAACUUAGUACAUUACUUGGUACUCUAAUAAGUUUUGGUAUAUAUAAUAUUAAUCCACGGUGUGUCCGUGGUCAGCACCUCACUCCAAAGUGGACUCUUCCGCCCGCCCUGCAUUCAAAAGGUUUCAAAUGUGUGAUAACGAACAUUUAUAUAGUGGAUUUUAACAAUAUUAGCAUAUACUCGGGAGGUGGAUAGUGCUUUUCGCGCAAUUUGAUUGGUUGCUCAGCUCCCAAUAUCCUUGCACUAUUCACUUCCGGACAGAAACAAAAUGGCUUCCCGUUUCGUUCCGGUUACAGACGAGCGCAAAAUAUUUGUACGCAACGAACCUACGGUUUCGCCAACUGACGAAUUAAGCCACAAAGUUUUGUUUAACAGUGUGUAGAGAUAUUCUUUAAUUAAAACCAUAAUUUCUAAUGAAUAACAGUACAAAAAGCGUGUAAAUACUGUUUUGUUUACAACUGAUUACGGGAGCAAAUUGUUUUAGUAAUAAAUAUUUCAUUGUUUUUUGGUCAUUUUUGUUUUGAUAUGGUAUAUGCUAAAACAAUUAUUCACGUCCUAUUUGGUGUAGAGCAUGAUUAUUUGGUGUAUUUUUGUAAUCGUAACAUAUGGGCGAAUCUACUCGUUCGCAUGCGCCAUAAGAAGAAACUUACAAGGGUGCUUAUCUUUAUUUAGGAUGCUGCUGAUUCAUACGUGCCGUCAAGACGAAUAGAGGAGGGGAAAAGAGGUAAUAACUUUUAAGUUUUGAAAGUCCUGAGAGCCUUGUUACGGACCAAUUAUGAUGAUACCCAUCGUCGUCAUGUAAUUAGCGUGUCAAAGUUUCUGGGAAAUUAUAGAUAUUAAAUCUACCAAUUUGGGAACACAUGUAUUUUUAUAAAUUUCUUCGAAAUUGUGGUUCCAACUUUACAUAUUGAAAUCUACUUUAGAAACGUUUUACCUCUAUAGAACCCACCUAACAUGAUUUUGUUAUGCGCGCUCCCUUGUUUUAUUUAUUUACUAUAUCUUUUUUUGCAUUAGUACCUGAACCUGAGCACCACAAGAUUGAUAAAAUAUCUCCAGAAGAAAGAAGGGGAAACUCUCUGGAUAAAUUUUUCGACGAAAUGUAAGUAGACGUUUUUUCUCUUACCACCAAAAUUUUAGGAUUUACUUGAAAUAGCGUUCUGGGUCCUUUUUUAAUUAGUGGUAUUAAAUAUAUAGCAGUUAAAUUUUCGGCAACAUCUGCGUUAAAGUAAAACUCCAUAAAGCGAAAUUAUUCUUAUUCGUGUUGACUACAAUUUGGUCGGAAUUAAAGGUAGGCAAUAAAACUAUUGUUUCGAUUUACCGAGUUUUCCAUCGUAUAUUCAUUGUAGAAAAUAUAAUUCUAUAGAUCUGAGGAUGUCGAAGACGAAGGUGAAGAUUUUCUUAACGAAGCUCUUGCUGAAUUGUCUCCAGUUAAUACAGACGAUGAGGAAGACGUGUCGAAUGCUGAUGAUCUCCUCUUGGAAAUUGAGGAAAUGAUCAAUUCGUAA